AUGUCUUCUUCUCAGCCUUUUUCUACGGUGGGGGUGAUCAACAUCCUAAGGGACAAGAUCGACCUCUACAAGCUUUCCUUCGCUCACACAAUCGGCUACAGCAAAGAUUGUCACAUUCAGCUUGCUAGGAUACGUGCCGCCCAAGCCGCCCCAGUUGUCGGCGAGACUAUCGACCCCGCCUCUGAGAGCAUUGGACCUCAAGAAAUUGCAGAGCUUGACUCCAUCAUUGCCGAAGACACGAAGAGGAUUCGCGUGUGGGAAACGAGGUUGUGGAGGCUGAUCGAUGAGGCGAUCAGAUCGGCGUAG